UCUCAGUUGUCGGUGAGGCCGGCGGGGCGGAUCCCACAUAUUUCAGAGUGAUAAGCAACAAAUAAGGCAACACGACAGAAACAAUAAUAAAAACACCUCGACCUCUUCGUAUAUUUAAAUAGCGAGCUACUUCGGUGGAUUCACAACACAAAAGAUGCCCUCAGCUAUGAAUGCAAAUGGGACCGUGCAGUCUGCCAGCCCUGAGGUGGGAUCCGCUCCAGGCUUAAUGGGCAAUGCUGGCGGACAGUCCGAUGUUAUGAAGCAAGUCCUGUGUGUCAUCGACAAAAAGGCCCGCAACAUGGAAAAGAAAAAGAGCAAAUUGGAUGAUUAUCAAAUCAGGAAGGAUAAAGGCGAAAGACUGAAUCAGGACCAGCUGGAAGCCCUCUCCAAGUAUCAGGAAGUUCUAAAUAAUUUGGAAUUUGCCAAAGAAUUGCAAAAGACAUUUAUUCUACUUGGCCAAGAUAUCCAGAAGGGAGUGAAGAAGUUGGCGCGGCGAGAGCAGCUACUCCGGGAGGAGGCAGAGCAGCGGAGGCUGAAGUCAGUCCUGGAGCUGCAGUACCUCCUCGAUCGACUGGGGGACGAGACUGUGCGACAGGACCUGAAGCAGGGAGCUGGAGGCUCACCUUUGAUAACAGACACAGAACUUUCUGCUUUUGAUGAGUUCUACAAGUUAGUGGGGCCAGACCGAGACCAAAACAUUCGGUUGGUUGACCAGUAUGAAGAGGCAUCGGUACAUCUCUGGGAUCUGAUGGAGGGGAAGGACAAGGCUGUGGUUGGGACAACAUACAAAGCGCUGAAGGAAACCUUGGACCAGCUUUUGUUGAGUGGUUACUUCGACAAGACGACAGCUACUCACCAAAAUGGCGUGUGUGAGGUGGAGGAAGAGGAGAGGGAAGAGGCAGAGCUGGUCGCUGCCGCAGCAGUGUCGACGGCGUCCGUCACUGAAUCGUCCGAGGCAGAAGAGCAGCCUGUCGACACAGAAACAGAAAUAAUUGAGGAAUUUGUGGAGCCAAUAGCCGUGGAGACGACAGAGUUUGUAAAUAGACAGUUCAUUCCAGACGGCACAUACAAUGGUGAAAAAGAGCAGGGGGAUGAGUGGACCACAGACUCAGAGUCUCAGCCUGUUAAUGCGAUGCAGCAGCUGCCGGUGCAGCCGGCCCCAACCCCCAUCGCCAUGGAUGCCCACACCCUGAACUUGGCCUCUGCUGUCCCUCCACCAGACCCCAUGGCCAGGAAGCAGGUGGUCCAGGACCUGAUGGCACAAAUGCAGGGAACCUACAACUUCAUGCAGGACUCCAUGCUGGAGUUUGACGGGCAGCCCAUUGACCCCGCCAUCGUAUCAGCUCAGCCCAUGAAGCCCGCGCAGAACAUGGACCUGCCCCAGAUGGUGUGUCCUCCAGUUCAUCCAGACCCCCGACUGGCCCAGCCCAACCCUGUUCCUGUCCAGCCUGAACCUACGCAGAUCCCCAUCGUCGCCCGGACACCACCACCCAUGUAUCAGGCCUCACAUACGCCGGAUCCCCGACCCUCCACGGAAUCAAUGGACCCCAUUCAGACUUCCAUGUCCUUGUCGUCGGAGCAGCCUCCCCCCUCCUCAGCACUCCCUCCCGCCUCUCAGACGCAGGUGUUCCAGCCGGUGUCCAAAUCUCCUCACAGCAGCGGCAUCAAUGUAAACGCGGCACCAUUCCAGUCAAUGCAGACAGUGUUCAACCUCAACGCGCCAGUGCCACCAGCCAAUGAGAGCGAGGCCAUGAACCCGGCAAGCCAGUACCAGAACACCUUCAACCCGUCGUUCAGCCCCCAGCCGCAACAUCCCGUGGACCAGACAGAGAUCCAGCCCGAGCAGUUGCAGUCUGUGGGAUCCUUCCAUUCCCAAGACCAGUCAGGAGGCCACCAGCAGGCGUCUGUGCAGGGCAGUGGCUUCAACAGACAGCCGCAGUCCUUCUACAACAGCAGGGGGAUGUCAAGAGGUGGACCUCGCAAUGCCCGGGGCGUCAUCAAUGGCUACAGAGGCUCUUCCAACGGCUUCAGAGGUGGCUACGAUGGUUACCGUCCACCCUUUGCCAAUCCUCCCAACUCUGGCUACGGGCAGACUCAGUUCAACACGCCCCGGGACUAUUCAAAUGGCAGUUAUCAGAGGGAUGGAUACCAGCAGAACUACAAGCGCGGCGCUGGUCAGGGCCCCAGAGGGCCGUCGAGAGGCAGCACUCAGGCGCUGAGAUCCUGAAAAGCCUUUUAAAAUGACUGUGACUGAUUUUAUUUGCACCACACUGAAAAUUCAAACAUCCACCCCCCGCUCCCUCCCCACCACUUCAGUUUCUUCUCUGUAUCCAUCAGUGGUAUUUCUCCAUCUUCAAUCAGCUCUGGCCGCUUUGAUUCUGGAAGUGUAGAAAUCAAUAAUCCGAACACAAGCAAAGCUGUGAACCCAACUAUUGGUUGACACAAGCGGUUAAACAAUGUUCCUGUAAACUUGAAAUAUUUCAUAACUUAUUUUUUUUUGUAUCGUGCCUGCCACUGCUGGUCCAACCCCGGAGGGUUCAACUCCCAUUCUCCGUUCUUUUGGUUCUUUAAAAAGAAGUUUUUAUGUUCAACAAGCUCCCAUUCUUUGUAAAUUGAUGUCGCCUCGAGAGUUUCAAUAAAGUUGUGUUGCAUA